CUAUUGCUUUGCAAACAAUCGCAGAAACCGUUUCUGGGUGAACAAUGAGAACGUGCCCGACAGCGACAGACGGGCGUCAAAACACUAAGUAUUAUAAUACAGUUGCAUAAACACAUCUGUAAUCCAAAGCCAGAUAGGGUUAGAAUCGAGCGUUUACGGCGGCGGAUUUGUCAGUCCACCGCCGUUCUUCCAUAGGGCAACACUGUAACGCCGCGUUGAGAGCUAGUGCUACAUGGGCCGCAUUUCACAGCUACAAUUAAUGCCGCAAUCAGCUAUGUCACGCUGCUCCCCUCGCAAGCGCGCGCGCCUGACACCGCACUGCUGGGUAUGAAUUUGUUGCUAAUACACUUCAGCCAUGGGAGCCGUGUUGUCUUGUUGCGGGGAAGGUACCAUUGGGGCCAGUCAUGGCAGCCACGGCUCGUUUUCUGCCGCGUUGGGCGAGCAGCCUGGUGAGCAACGCCAGGAGCAGCGAGAUGACGCCACUCGCGCCAGUGUGCACGGUGCCAAUCCACCCUCAUCGAUACGUCCGCGGCCGUCCGUCGCUUCGAAUCCCGGCAAGGGCGCCGAAGGACCCCCACGUGACGGGAAGGCGGUUGUCGACUCAUGCGCGCGCGUGUCCUCAGAUGCGAUGCUGGAGACCGGAGGGGACAUCUUCACCACCACCACCUCCAACAUACGCCUGAAUGGCACGUCGACAAACAUGUUGCUCAGCAAUGGGACCGUCACCACCGUCACCAACAUAAUGGUUGAGGAUGUUGAGGAGAUCACCACCUGCGUUCAGCUCACAGGCUUCCUGGGUCAGGGCGGCUUCGCAAGUGUGUACCGAGGCGUGUAUCAGGCCAGUGAGGUGGCCGUGAAGCUGGCCAUGGCGGCACGACACAGCGAUCCCGACACGUACUGUCGAGAGGCCAUGCUGGCGCAGCAGCUGAGGCACCCGCACGUGGUUGCCACGUAUCUGGCCCGCGGCGCAAAGGUCACACCGGAGCUUGUGGAGCGCUUCAAUGCCGCGCCGCCCUUCCACCCCUACCACCCGCACGGAGGGGUCGGUGGCUUGCCUGCUGCGGCUGCUGCCGCUGCUGCAGCCGCUACUGCCACCGCCACUGAUGCCGCCACUGCCGCUGCUGCGGUAGCGCAGCAGCAUGAGUACGCCAGCGGCAGCAACAGCGCUAGCAGCCAGCUGCCAGCAGCAGCGGCAGCGGCAGCAGGUGCGGCGGCGAGUGGUGUUGCUCCCGGCUGCGGCGCGCCCGCCGGCACUCCCCACACCGCCAGCAGCCGGGCCAGCGCUGGCCUCGUGACGCUUCCCAACUUCUCAUCCACGCAAUCGGAGGACGCCAUGGGCAACCCGCGUGUGGCAGGUCUGCACACGCGGCAGCUGCAGCAGGUGGCGGCUCUGGGCUGGGGGCAGGCGCUGUUCAAGCUGGGUGCGGUGCCGGACCACACACUCAUGGUCAUCGUGCAGGAGCUCUGCGAGUCAGGCAGCUUGAGUCAGGCGGUGAAGGCCGGCGUGUUCCGGCCGCAGCCGGGCCGCACGUCGCAGCUGGCCGCGCGCCGCAUGCUUGUGCGCACCGUCACUGAGAUAUGCCGCGGCAUGCUGCACCUGCACACCGCAAACAUACUGCACGGUGACUUGAAGCCCGCCAACGUGCUGCUGGCCCGCUCGCGCAAGGACCGCCGCGGCUUUGUGGCCAAGAUCGCGGACUUUGGGCUCUCCCGUGUGCUCCGUAGUGACACCAGCCACGCGCUAAGUGACAGCAUCGGCACGGUGACGUACGCGAGCCCGGAGACCAUCAACGGCAUCCGCGCCAAGAGCUGUGACGUGUGGGCAUUCGGCGUCAUGCUGUGGGAGCUGGUGGCUGAGAAGCGGGCCUAUUACUGGUUGAUGCCGGCCCAAAUCAUGUGCGGCGUGGCGUUCAACGGACUGCGGCCCACCUGGCCGCGCGAGGUGUGGCCCGAGCUGUGUGACAUCGGGGAGCGCUGCCUGUCCACUGAGCCCGCCGCUCGGCCGGGCUUUGCGCAGCUGGAGGAGGAGCUGGUGGCGCUGGAGGAAGCCAUGCGGGAAGAGAGCCGGCAACAGUCAUAUGAGCGGAGGAUGGCGGCUGCCUCCGCCGCCGCCGCUGCGGCCAGCAGCGACGGCGCCGCCGCCGCUGUUGUUGCUGCCACUGCAACCGCGGCAACACCGUGUGUCCCUUGACCACGUUGCGGUGGCGGUAUGUGAGCCACCCAAACGUGAGCAGUCAGCAGAAUAGUACAGGUGCAGCGUAAUUGUGCCCCAGGACACACACUUUAGUAUACCUGCUAGCAAGAACCUGUCGUACUCAGGAGCGAGACUUUGACUACCGUACUCUGUUGGGACCAGUACUGCUAAGAAUUGACAGUGUUGAGACUGCGAUUUCUGUGGUGGUGUGUGUCACACACCAGCAGUAAUGGUUGGUGAGGUGUAUGCCAGGUACGUGUACUUUACUUUGUUUACUGUGAUAGAUGCACUGGCAUGUAGAAGCUGCCGGUGUCGCACUUCCCGCAGCUGCGGGCGUGCCUGCUUGCGUGUAGGCAUCGCUUGAUCGUGUGGGGAGGAACUGAGAUGCAUUGGUGGGUGUAUUUAUGCAGUCAGAGCGGAUGGUUGUGGCCAGCAGGAGGGUUGCGUGCGUUGCGUGGUGGCUGGCGCACGCAAACGUACGGUCAUCUAUCUGGUGCUGCUCGGCAAAUUGCAUGUGGUGACAUGCAAGCAAGCCUUGCCUGUUAUCUAAGUAGAACCUGCAUGUGCGCCUCGUAUGCUUGAUGGGAUGCAUGUGGAUGCUGUGUACGCCCGCGGUCCGCUGCUGGAUUCGGCACCUUGGGUACUGUACUGCCGCGUCAGAGUAUCUGCGGCGCACUUGGGAGGGAAUGGUUUACGGCGAUCCAGGCUGUUACAGUACCCUUCGCGGCUGUUACAAGUGAUCUGCAAGACCGUCAGCCACGUGCGUCCAGCUGUUCGGUGCGGCGGCGGGUUCUGGUUGUGUACUCCUGUCUGAGAAACCAUAGCAUUGGCGGGUGAUGUCAUUAAUCGGGCGAACUGCCUAUCGCUACAGUCUCUCUCUCUCUGAGCAUAGUUCUUUAUGCAGCGCUUAUGUGCCCCUAUGAACCGGGGUCAAGGAAGGUGUUUCUCCCCUGUGAGGGAGAUGUGGGCUGAGCCCCUGUGCAAAAGCUGCGCUAGCAGGUUCAGAAUGUUUGACAUGCAUCCAUGCUUAGGGUACGUACCGGCAUGAGAAUACUGCAAGAGAAAGUAUUACUUUGAACAUGUGCACGUGUGUGUCCGUACUACUGGUGGGUCGAGAGGGUCAUGGGGAAGGCGUUUUGCGGGGGCGCGCAUGCACAUGCGCGUGCUCCAGAACUGCUGGUGGGUCUAUCUGCCUGUGGGCUUCGUAUGUUGUGGAUGCUGUGGUGUUUAACACGUACACACGUGGCUAGCUAGACUCCCCUGACAAGUUCUGCACUUUUGCUGGUUUGAGACAGCCAAAAUUUUGGAGUCUGUGGCCAGCAGGACGUGCUUGUGCCUGUAGGUGCCGGUCAGGAGUUGCGGCGGCCGUGGGUGCAAUUCCGUACGGUACAUGACGGCGAGACAUGCAGCGGUUGCACGGGUGCGCUAGAGAUUAAUACCGUCUGGUCCGGACGACAGGCGAGGAAUCACAUGCACGGUACCAAUCAAGCAAGCGCACGCGAGCGCAAACGCGGUGGUUCAGGGCUCAGCUGACCAUGACGGCAUGCAUGAAGCACGCCCGCGCUGAUGCCGUGCGGAUGUAGCGGGCAGCAGCUGGCGGGCUAGGCAGGCUCGUGUGUGCGCGUGCAAUUGACGGAGCACGGUGAUGGUCUUCACCCGCUCAAUUACAGUAUUACAGUAGCAGGCAUGGCGCCCGUGCAUGGCGCCCCGUUCACUGCUUCCCGACCCUAAUGAAUGCGUCUACUGUAAUGUAUGAUGCCA